GCGCUGCGUUCAGAAUUGAGGAGGCGGCGGAUGGUGCGCCCGGAGCCCGCGGGUGAGGGGUCACGUGACCGACUCUCAGUUCUCUGUUUUGUCACCUUGAGAUUAGAAUCCUGGGACUGAAUUCAGGAAUUUUCUUAAAACUUUGGCUCAGUAGCUGAUGGCAGAUAAUGUCCACUACUAACAACAUAGCACAAGCUCGGAAGCUGGUGGAACAGCUCCGUAUCGAGGCUGGAAUAGAGAGAGUCAAGGUCUCAAAAGCUGCCGCUGACCUUAUGAACUACUGUGAGCAGAACACCAAGAAUGACCCUUUGCUGGUUGGGGUUCCCACCUCAGAGAAUCCAUUUAAAGAUAAAAAGCCAUGCACCAUCCUAUAACUCAUCUCUUCUGGACACCACGGUGGUUCCAUGACGACCAGCUGACGUUGCCUGAUGCAAAUGUUUGGUCCAAAUCACAUUUAACAGUAAUCUGCAGAUAACUCAGUUUGCUAAGUGUUUUACAAAGCGCAAGACGUUUUGCGCACACCAGGAAAGACACUUUGAUUCAAAUGAUUAUAUUGAAAGUUUUUGACUGUUUCCAAAUAACAUGGUAAACUAAGUGACUGCUGUUUGUAGGACUGUUUUGUUUUGUUUUUGUGUUUCUUGGAAAUUGCAAAGAUGGAUAGCAGCAAGGUAUUGUGAGAGGAUUUACUGUAGGCUUAGAGGUCAGUAUUCUUUUCCACUUCUGUAAUUAGAAUACUGGAAUGUGGCAGGUUAUGUAUUUUUCUCUUGUUGAUGGUUACUAAUAUUCUACACUUGUAUCAUUCAUUGCUAGCUCCCAUGCUUUUCUGUUUCCCUGUGAUUCAGCAAUGGAAACAGAGCAAAAAGAUUUUUCAAUGCCAGGAUUAUAAAAUACCUGGUGUUUUUAUGCUUUGAGGUCUAUUUCAUUUUCAGUGUAGUAGCAGAUUUUUUUUUCACCCUUUAUAAUAUAUAAAGCAGGGGUAUGUUUGUAAAUUCAACAGUAUGUUAGGGUGUAGACACUAAAAUGCUCUGGUUAAUUUGGAAUUAGUUUUUUCCUGCAGAGAGUUGAUCUGAUUGGCUUACUCUGCUAAACAAGUGUGUUUUAAACGCUUUCUGUAGGAUUGUAUAAGGGUGUGAGUGUGAAAAGUGUGUAAGUUAGUGCUUGUGUAAAAGUGUGUGUGUUUGGGAGCGAGGAAGAAAGAUAAUCCAGGGACAGACAUGAUUUUCAUAUUUAUGGAUGGCAGAAAGAUACUUACUGCUAUGGAAAACUAUAUGUUUAUCAAACAGGCAAUAUAACUUUUCAGGAUACAUGCUGUAAUGUUUUCUGCUUUUAUUGAGCACCAAUUUAUUUUAGGCAUCAGUCUCACAGAAUAACAUAUUUUAUAUAUAUAUAUUAUUUCAUGCAAAAGUACAUAACCCUUUUGAUUAACAUACCCAGCAGUAGUUAAAAUAUUAAAGAUGACAAAGCGAACAAGUCUCCUACAUACUCUGGUUCUGUGCAUUCUCGUUGCAAAGAAAUGCAAGAGAAUGAGGCUCUGUCUAAUUGGGAUCUCCUGAAGAGUAUAUGAAGAACUUGUUUGUAUAUUGUGUAUACUUUGGUUGUUUAAUUAUAACAUUGUAUGCCAACUGGAUUACGUCCAUUGAGUAUCUUUAGAGCUGUUUCAUUAUGUUUACAUGUUUUAAGAUCAUUUUUAAGUGACUGUUAAGGUGGAUAGAAGAAUAAUCAUCAUAUAUAUGAUGUAUAUACUACAUUAUUAGUCUGUGUUUUGCCUCAAAUUUUGCAGGAUGGAUCCUGAUUUUUAGCUUCUUUAAAUUGUAUCAAAUUUGUCAAUAUUUCUCAGUGUCAUAUGGAUGCCAAUAUGCUGAGCUUCUGAUUUCCCAGCUGGCAGAAUCAGUAGCGUACACUAAGGCCGUCUGCCAAGCAAUCCUCUGCAACGUGUAGUUUCUUAGACUGUAAUAUGUCUCCCUGUGUUUAAGUUCACAGCUUCAGAAUCAACAUGCCCCUGCGUCUCUUAAUUCAAAUUUGAAUACCAAACCUGUUUGACAUUAAUUUUUCAGUUUGCCCAUGGAAUCUGACCUAUAUUUGUAAGGUGUCUGCUCUUAGCACAGUUUGUUCUUCAACUGAGAAGAAACACAAACCCUGAAAAGUAAUGUCUGUAUAUAAAUUUCAUCUCUAUUGUUCUAUUGUUUUCUUUUAUCAUUAAUCAGCUCAUUGUGCCUUUAGGUUUAUUCUUGCAUAGAACAGAAAUCAUUUUUUUAGUGUGCUCAGUGCACACAGUUGUAUAAUAUCAGUAUAUUAGCAUUAAGCUAAUGUUACAUUUGAGGAUCCAGUGACGUGGAAAUAUAAACUAAAGGGUAGCGCACUAUAUUCUCUUUGUAAAAGCUCCACACUAACUGUGAUAACCAGUAUUGAAUGUUGCUUAAAGGGACAGUAUACACUCAUUUUCAUAUAACUGCAUGUAAUAGACACUACUAUAAAGAAUAAGAUGCACAGAUACUAAUAUAAAAAUCCAGUAUAAAACUGUUUAAAAACUUACUUAGAAGCUGUCAGUUUGGCUCUGUUGAAAAUGUAGCUGGAAAGCCCACUGCAAGUGGGAAAUAAGACCCUCCCCCUUCUUUUGCAUAUGAAAAGACCCUUUACACAAACAGGAGCAAGCUGGAGAAGGUAGCUGACGGUAUUCACAUAAAACUUUGGGGCUUGGUUAGGAGUCUGAAAAUCAGAGCAAUGUUAUUCAAAAAUAAGCAAAACUAUACAUUUAAAAAAAAAAACUUUAUGGGCUAUAUAAAUAGAUCAUCUACAAAACAUUUAUGCAAAGAAAAAAUGAGUGUAUAAUGUCCCUUUAAUAUGGCUGUGGCCCUGGUAUUUCAAAAACAAUAAAAUGAUGAAGCUGAUUAACGUGUUAAAGGGAUGUGAAACCCAAAAAUGUUCUUUCAUGAUUCAGAUACUGAAUAUAAUUUUAAACAACUUUCCAAUUUACUUGUAUUAUCUAAGUGGCUUCAUUCACUUGGCAUACUUUGUUAAAAUGGAUACCUAGCUAGGCUCAGGAGCUGCAUAUAUAUGCCUCUUGUGAUUGGUUUACCAAUGUGUCCAGCUAGCUUCCAGUAGUGCAUUGCUGCAUCUUAAAUAAAGGAUUCCAAGAGAAUAAAGCAAAUUGGCUUUGUCCUAAACUCCCUAGUGAGGCAAUUGGCAAAAUCGGUAGCCUAGGGUUUUUUUUUUUUUUUUUUUACUAAAUACUUCAAAUUGCCUAAACCAGCUAUUUGAUUUGCAGCACUGACAGGUUACAUAAUUUGCUUUCUGCUUCUCUAGGGACCACAGGGCAAGCAGCAUUUUUACACUAGGGCAAGGUGUCUUAGGAUCAGAAGAAAAGAUAAUGACCAAACUCACAAAACAUUCCAAUAUCUUAAAAAAAAGGUAGAAAAUCACAGAAUCUGUGGUUUCUGAUUCAGCCAUAUAGUCUAAUACCUACUCUAACAAUGCUUGUAUGAAGUUUGCAGUUUUACGUUGUAAAGAAUUCCGCCUUUCAUACUAUGUAAUGGUGUUUAUAAAAGGUACCAGCAGAUAAAAGCUGCUCCUUGCCACAAUUCUAUUAUGAUAACAGCAUGCCUCAGCCAAUAAGUAUGUGAAGCCUUGUUACUGAAAUCUGCACACAAAAUACAGUGAACUUGUCUAACACUGCACUAAAUAAUCAAGUACACUACACAAUAGGAUACGUUCAUUAUUACAGCCCAAGUAGUGACAAGAAUCUUCCUGUAAAAUUUUUAAUUAAAGGGACACUGAACCCAAAUUUUUUCUUUCGUGAUUCAGACAGAGCAGGCAAUUUUAAGCAACUUUCUAAUUUACUCCUAUUAGCAAAUUUUCUUCAUUCUCUUGGUAUCUUUAUUUGGAAAGCAAGAAUGUAAGUUUAGAUGCCGGCCCAUUUUUGGUGAACAACCUGGGUUGUUCUUGCUGAUUGGUGGAUAAAUUCACCCACCAAUAAACAAGUGUUGUUAAGGGUCUGAACCAAAAAUAGGCUGGCUCCUUAGCUUAGAUGCCUUUUUUUUUCUUCUUCAAAUAAAGAUAGCAAGAGAGCGAAGAAAAAAUGAUAGUAGGAGUAAAUUAUAAAGUUGCUUAAAAUUGCAUGCUCUGUCUGAAUCACAAAAGAAAAAUUUGGGGUUCAAUGUCCCUUUAAGGGGACAUGAAACACAAUUUAUUUCUUUUGUGAUUCGGACAGAGCACACAAUUUUUAAAAAGUUUUCAAUUUACUUCUAUAAUCAAAUUUGCUUUGUUCUCGUUGUAUUCUUAUUUUCUGGAACACUAAGUAAUUUGACAAUAGAAGUAAAAAUACCUCUAAAACAUUUAUUUGUUUCACUCCUCCAGAUAGUAGACCACUGGUUUUCAAACCUGUACUCAGGCCUCCCCAACAGGCCAGGUUUUCUGGAUUACCUUGGUGGUGAGCAGGUAAAAUAACCAGGUUUACUAAUCAGCUGGUUGUUUCACCUGUGCUCUAGUUCAGGUAUCCUCAAAAUGUGGCCUGUUAGGGAGGCCUGAGGACAGGUUUGAAAUACUAAUAAUAAUAAUUAAAAUACCAGGAAACCCCAAAUUUCCGUAUGAUUCAAACAGCAUGCAAUUUUAAACAACUUUCCAAUGUACUUCCAAUUUACUUAUUUGAUCAAAUUUACUUUGUUCUUAUGUUAGUCUUUAGGUAACGUGCACAUGCCUGUAGCACUACACGACAGGAAAUAGUGCUGCCAUCUAGUGCUCUUGCUAAUGUAUAACAUUGUUACAAAAAUUCUGCCAUAUAGUGCUGCAGACACGUGCACACUCCUAAGCUUACCUUCCUGCUUUUCAACAAAGAAUAAUAAGAGAUUUUGGGUUUUAUGUCCCAUUUAAUUAUGGUGAAAAUUACCCAAGCCUGCAUUCUGAACACUGAUUGGCUACCUCAGAACACAACAUGUUAAAUGAUUUAAAACAUUUUUUACAACACAGGGCUUAUUUCCUGAUAUAUUUAAUGGCCCUUUAAAGGGGACGUAAAGUAAAUAUUAAACUUUGUGUGAUGGAUACUACAUGCAAUUUUAAACAAUUGUCCAAUUUACUGCUAUUGUCAAAUUUGUUUUGUUCACUUCAUAUCCUUUGUUGAAAAACACCCAGGAGCAGCAGUGCACUGCUGGGGCCUAACUAAACAUGUGUUGAGCCAAUGAAAAUAGGCAUAUGUGGAUAGUAAACAAUCACCAGCUGUGCAGCAGCAAAUUUGAUAAUAGAAUUAAAUUGCAAAGUUGUUUUGCCGUAGAGCGGAUUUGGGUUUUGUAUUUUUACAUGAGCCAGCUAACACUAUGAAGUUAUAACACGUUUGUACGUGAAUACUGUGAUACCAAAUGUAUAAAGUGCAUCACCAUUUACACAGCUGAAUUCCAUUAUUCUGUGUUUUAAUUGCACAACAAUGCCCAUUACACCUGUAUAUUAUCAGGUAACUGCAACAGGUAUUUAGUGAGUAAUACCAGUAAACUUAUCAAAUUGGCUAUUGUGUCCCUGCUUAUAAAACGCUUUUAGCAGAUUCAUUUGUAGAGCCAUGAAUAAUUGUUAAAAUAUUGUGCAAAUUACCAUUUUUGUUUGUUAUAUCUUAUUCAGUGAUCAAUUCAUUAUUUUUCUUUUCAUUUUUAACUACAAUCAUUUCAAGCUGAUGGAGGAGCGUGUGUCAUGACAUUUCAGAUGACAACUAAAGAACAAGACAUAGCAGAUUCAUGAUAAAAUGUUAGCUUCAUCCGUUUGGGUAGAUUUAAUACUUUCCAGUUGUCAAUAACGGAUAGUGAAAAUAAAAGUCUUUAUUAAAGGGAUCCGAAAGUCAAAAUUAAGCUUUUAUGAUUCAGAUACAACAUUUAUCUUAGUAUUUUUUGUUGAAGAGCAUACUUGGGUAGGCUCAGGCGCAUGCAUGAGUCUUGAGCAUUAUAUGUCAACAGUGUUAAUAAUAAUAAUAUUUUUAACAAUGUUAUACAUUGUUACAAACACUGCUACCCUGUAUUGCUCAACAGUGUAUAACAUUGUUACAAACACUACUGCCAUGUGAGUGCUCAGGACACGUGCAUGCUCCUGAGCUUACUUAGGUAUGCUUUUUCAAUAAAAAAAAUACCAACGUAACAAAGUAAAUUUGACUAUAGAAGUAAAUUGCAAAGUUGUUUAAAUUGGCAUUCAAAUUUGACUUUUGUGUCCCUUUAAAGAAUCUAAAGAUUUUUGUUGCUCUUCCUAGUUGUUUAGGCUACAACUGAAAUAUGAUCUAGCCAUUUUAUUCUUCUUUUUAUUAUGUGUAAGAUCUUUAUGGGAUACAAUUAUGUCUCAAAAAUGUUCUUUUAAGACAACCACAGGGAAUAUCCACAUAAAUGAAUGCAUGACUGUGCUAGGCAGAAAUUUACAUUAGCUCUGGUUACUUCUGUCUAAGAACAUUGUGUCAUCAUGUAUACACCAUUAGAGAGAGUUUUUGUUGGAAAGUAACAUUUACCCCAACAUUUUUAUAUAUGUAGCAAGACAUGGGCCUAGAAUUUAAAGGGACACUAAACUCAAAAUUAAACUUUCAUAAUUCAGAUAGAGCAUGCAAUUUUAAGCAACUUUUUAAUUUAUUCCUAUUCAUUUUUCUUCAUUCUCUUGGUAUCUUUACUUGAAAAAGCAGAAUGUAAGCUUGGCAGCAGUCCCAUUUUUGGUUCAGAACCUGGGUUGCGCUUGCUGAUUGGUGGGUAAAUGUAGCAUGCGCUAGCCAAGGUUCUGAACCAAAAUUGUACCGGCUCCUAAACCAAGAGAACGAAUAAAUAUUUAUAAUUUGAGUAAAUUAGAAAGUUGCUUAAAAUUGCAUGCUCUAUCUGAAUCAUGAAAGAAAAAAAAAUGGGUUUAAUAUCGCUUUAAUUACUUAGGGGAAGUUACUUGACAAAGCCAUUUACAUGUUACUGCAAUUCCCAAACCAACCUAAAAGGAUACAACAUGGUGUAAUUGUUGCUGUGCUUCAUAUGAAUUCACUGCAAAUCUCACCUUUUUAUGAAAUCUCUUGGCAAUACAUUCUGGAUGUGUUUUAAAUAUUAUCUAAUACAGUAAUAACAUUGUCACAAUUAGUUUUGAAAUUUAGAUUCAAGUUGUCUGCCAAAUAUGACCUGCUUUAUACUCCGUAAUAAAUUGUGUAUUGUUUGAUUAUUGAUAUACUAUCUGUAUUAGCUGUAUUGAAAGUAAAUAAGUAUUUCUUUUUAUAAAUAUCUGUUCUACUUUCAUAUAUACUUAAUGGGUUUUUUUCUCCAUGAUGCUGAAUUUGUAUAACGUAUCAUUACUGAUACGCACAAAUAUUUGUAAAGUAUUAUGUAAAAAAAAGUAGUCUGUGGAAUUUUAACGUUAAUGCUUCUGAUUUGCAUUUCUCCUGUGUGCCAAUCACUUUUUGCACAGUGUCAAUAUAUUUUGUGGUGUUGCUGUUACAUGUUUACUUAAAAAAAAAAAUACAAUUAAAGGAUUACUACAUUUUACCUAA